AUGUCACACAUGUGCAGCUCAAUACGGUCGCAUGUGCUCCCACUGUUGCUCGUCAUCGCUUUGCUCUGCUCGCUCUCGCCGAGCCUGAAAGCCGAAGCUGCUGGUUCGGUUCGGCAGGUGGUGAAGCUCGGGUUCCUGCUGCCCUACCCUAAAGCCGACAACGUCAUUCCCGUGCGCCUCGCAGACGAAUGGAUCGCAGCAUCACGAGUGGCAUUGGAGGUGCUAGGCCCCAAAUACUCAGACGCAUUUGACGUGGUGCCGCACAUUGCCAACUCCAACUGCGACAGAGAGGAGGCCAAAGAGGCUGCGCAGUUGUUGCUACGAGAUGGAGUGGUAGGAGUGGUGGGCCCGGCGUGCACAGAGGCAGCAUUGGGAGCAGCAGACGUGCUCGUGCCUGCUGGCGUCCCCAUCGUCUCGCACCAGGCAGCAGCCAUGCACUCCCUACUGCAAGAGUUAGUGUUUGAGCGAGUCAUGCUGUUCUUCACAGAGGACACGUACGGCACAGCAGCCAUGCACUCCCUACUGCAAGACUUUGGCGACAGGCACCAGGCAGCGGCCAUGCGCUCUCUGCUUCAAGAGUUUGUGUUUGAUCGAGUCAUUCUGUUCUUCACAGAGGACACGUACGGCACAGCACUUGGUUAUGAUAUCGAGUAUUUCGCUCGCAGUGACAACCUGACAGUACAAAGCAUUCCCGUGCCAGUGCCCUGCUCCAACUACUCCUCUCUCUUCCUCAACCUCUCCAACCCAAGCCCUACCAAGCCAUUCAUUCAAGCCGAUGACUCCACAGUCGUGGUCCUCGCCGUCUCACCCAAUGCAGCUGAAGGCAUCUGGCAGGCCGCUCUAGACCUGGGUCGGUUGGAGUACCCCUGGUGGUAUUUCGGCACGGAUGGAGCAGUAGCAUUCGAUCUCGUGGGGGAAGGUCAGAACCUGUCAGCCUUAGCAACAGCACUGCAAGGGGAGAUGGGGGUCGCUCCUUACAAGGGCGACUACUCGGACUCGUCCCCCAUAUGGGAAUAUAUAAUGCACUGGCGGACCAAGAGGCAUGACAUCUACCCGGGCUUGCUCACUCUCGACGUCGGGCCUUCUCUCCCCCGCUUCAACACCACCCGCCAAUACGUGCCAUAUCUGUUUGACGCCGUUCACUCCUUUUUCGAGGCUUUCAGCAGCAUAAUCGCCAACCAAAAUUCAGCACCCACCAAGGAGCUUGUGCUGGCGUGCUUCAAAGGCGUGCCGCGAGGAUGCAUCAACUUCACAGGAACAACAGGGCAGGUAUCCUUCAACCCGGCUACAGGCGAGCGCUUGAAGACUGUAGCCCCACCGACCUACAGCAUUGUGAACCUGGAGGGCGUGACGUGGCAGCAGAAGGCCCGCUGGGAGGAGCGGCACGUGGAGCGGUUUACUCUUGACCUCUCCCAAAUCUCCCGCCCAGGACCGCUGCCUGAUGCUGCUGGUGCUGGUGGUAGUAGUGGUGGCAGUGGUGGUGGUAGUGGUGGUGGCGGUGGUGGUGCUGGCAAUGGCAGUGCAGGAGGGGUGAAGGAGGCAGGUGAUUACUCCGCUCCUGCUGCGUUUGAUGCGUUGAAUCAGGUCAGUGGGGAGAUCGGGGACUUUGGUGUGAAGAGCCAGGCUCCGGAUCAAGGGGAGGCAGCAGGCAAUGGCAGCAGUGGCAGCAGCAGCAGCAGUGGUGGUAGUACUGGUGGUAGCAAUAAUGGCACGAGCCCUUCAACUGGUUCCUCCAUGCCGGGUUAUACCAUUGCUCUGCUUGUUCUCCUCUCUCUCACGCUCCUGUGCCUUGUAUCGUACCUGGCUUUUAUGGGGUACAGCAGUUGGAGGAGCAGGGAGAAGGAGAGAGGGGGGCAGCAGCAGCUGUAUGGGGGAUCGUCUGGAGGCGAUGUGUAUUUGGCAGGGUUCAAGGGAGGAGAGGUGGGGGGAGAGGAGUAUGUGAGGAGCACCCGUGCCGUCCGCAUCGUGGCUAUGGCCCAGCCUGAUCUGAAGAAGGAGAUUCAGGAGAAGAUUGCUGCUGCUCAAGAAACCUGCUCCGAUCCCAACUCCACCGCUGAGUGCGCUGCUGCGUGGGAUGAGGUGGAGGAGAUCUCAGCUGCUGCUGCUGAUCAGGCUUUGAAGCAGAAGCAAGCGGAUUAUGAGGAUCCCCUUGAGAAGUAUUGCAACGAGAAUCCUUCUGAGGAUGAGUGCAGGAUUUACUCUGACUGA